AUGUUAAGACAACUAGACAUAGAAUCCUUAAUUGAGGAAUUGACGUUAUCUGAAAAGAUUUCGUUAUUGGCAGGUUAUGAUUUCUGGCAUACAGUUCCAAUUGAAAGAUUGAACAUUCCUUCAGUCAGAGUUUCAGAUGGUCCUAAUGGUAUUAGAGGAACAAAGUUCUUCAACAGUGUUCCUUCAAAUUGUUUCCCUUGUGGUACUGCUUUGGCUGCUACCUUCAACAGUGACCUUUUGGUUUCUGUUGGUGAAUUGAUGGGUAAGGAAGCUAAAAUGAAAGGUGCUCAUGUUAUUUUGGGUCCAACCUGUAACAUUGUUAGAGGUCCAACUGGUGGUAGAGCUUUUGAAAGUUAUUCUGAAGAUCCUAUUUUAUCUGGUCAUGCUGCUGCUAGUGUUGUCAAAGGUAUUCAAAAUGAAAAUGUUGUGGCCUGUCUUAAACACUUUGUUUGUAAUGAUCAAGAAAGUGAAAGAAAAGCUGUUGAUGUUAUCAUUACUGAAAGAGCAUUGAGGGAAAUCUACUUGAAACCAUUCCAAAUUGCUGUUAGAGAUGCUUAUCCAAAGGCAAUGAUGACUGCCUAUAACAAGAUCAAUGGUGUUCACGUUUCUCAAAACAAAAAGAUCUUGCAAGAUCUUUUAAGAAAAGAAUGGAAUUGGGAUGGUACCAUCAUGUCAGAUUGGCAUGGUGUUUACUCCACUAAGGAAUCUUUAGAUGCUGGGUUAAAUUUGGAAAUGCCUGGCCCUACUAGAUUUAGACAAGAACUUCAAACAACACAUGCUAUUCAAACUAAUGAAAUUCACCGUGAUGUCAUUGAUGAUAAUGUUCGUCAAAUUUUGAAAUUAGUUAAUGAAAGUUUCAAGGCUGGUAUUCCUGAUGAUGUUGUUGAAUCCCCAAAUCCUUCAAAAGAAGCCGAAGAGUUGCUUAGAAAAGCUGGUGAUGAAUCUAUUGUCUUGUUAAAGAAUAACGAAAAUAUCUUACCUUUACCAAAGACUGCAACUGGUUCCAUCAAGAAAAUUGCCGUUAUUGGACCAAAUGCUAAGGCUGCUCAAGAUUCUGGUGGUGGUUCUGCUUCUUUGAAUGCCCGUUAUAAAAUUACUCCUUUCGAAGGUAUCAAGAGUAAAUUGAAUGAUGGUUCCAUUGAAUUAACCUAUGCCCUUGGUGCGUACUUGGAUAGAAACUUACCUGAUGUCGGGCAACUCUUGGUCAAUGAUAAAGGUGAAAAGGGUGUUACUGGUAAGUUUUAUAAAAACGAACCUGGUGCUCAAGAUAGAGAAUUAUUUGAAGAGUUCCUUUUGCCAACUUCUAGACUUUUCUUGUCUGAUUUCAAGAGUGAUAAAUUAGAUAGAAACCAACUUUUAUUCUAUGCUGAUUUCAGUGGUUACUAUAUUCCUGAAGAAUCCGGUGAAUAUGAAUUUGGUUGUUCUUGUUUAGGAACUGCCCAAAUUUUCGUCAAUGACAAAUUGAUUGUUGACAACAAAACCAAACAAGUUAAAGGAGAUGCAUUCUUCCUUGGUUUGGGUACUAGAGAAGAACGUGGUUCCUUGAAAUUGGAAAAGGGUAUCAAGUAUGAAGUUCGAGUUGAAUUCGGUUCAUCCCCAAGUUAUACUUUGAAUAAGGCAGCUCUUGAAGGUGGUGGUGUCUUCUUUGGUAUUCAAAAGAAGGCCACUCCAGAAGAAGCCAUCAAGGAAGCAGUUCAAGUUGCCAAGGAUGCUGACGUUGUUGUUUUAGUAGUUGGUAUUUCUAAAGAAUGGGAAUCAGAAGGUUUUGAUCGUCCAAACAUGGAUAUUCCAGGACACACUAACCAAUUAGUUGAAGAAGUUACCAAGGUCAAUCCAAAUGUUAUUGUUGUCAAUCAAUCUGGCUCACCAGUAUCUUUACCUUGGAUUAAUAAUGUUAAAGGUUUUGUCCAAGCUUGGUAUGGUGGUAAUGAAUUGGGUAACACCAUAGCUGAUGUUUUGUUUGGAGACUACAAUCCAUCUGGAAAAUUGUCCAUGACAUUCCCAGUCAGAUUAGAAGACACCCCAGCUUAUGUUAACUUUGGUUCUACUCAUGGUCAAGUCUUGUAUGGUGAAGAUGUAUUUGUUGGUUACAGAUACUAUGAAAAAGUUGGCAAACAAGUUUUGUUCCCAUUCGGAUUUGGUUUAUCUUAUACCAAUUUCGAAUUUUCUAAUCUUCACGUGACAAGUGAUGAAGAAAAUGUUUAUGCUACUGUUCAUGUUAGCAACGUUGGGAAGGUUGACGGAGCAGAAGUUGUUCAAUUAUAUGUUGAACAAGAAGAUCCUGUUGUUAUGCGUCCAGUUAAAGAAUUGAAAGCAUUCAACAAGGUUUUCUUAAAAGCUGGUGAAACUAAAAAGGUUGAAUUAUCUGUCUCAAUCAAGGAAGCCACUUCCUAUUGGAAUGGAUACAAGAACAAAUGGCAAUCUACCAAGGGUAAGUAUAAUGUAUUUGUUGGUAACAGUUCUGAUAAUGCUUGCCUUACUGGUGAAUUUGAAACCGAGAAAACUUACUUCUGGUUAGGUGUAUAA